UUUUUCAACGGUGGUAGUGGUUUUUCAACAGUUAUCUGGUCUCUAAUAAUGCAACCGAACAAUGGAGUUCGAUGCUGUGGAAUGAUUUCAGCACAGGAUUUCAGGGUUAGCUAUCUGCCACCGGGAAUUUGUCCAGAAGAAUGCUGUGGAAGUUUUGCUUCCAUAAAUUGUCGUUGUGAUCUUGUUCAAAUGAGUAUGGUAUUUGGUUGCAAGAGCAGAAUAGAAAGUGUUCUUCGGAUGGAGAUGAAAACUAUUACCCUUGUAUGUCUAGGAAUCCUCCUUAUUCAAUUCAUCCUCUUCAUACUAAUUGCCGCCGCUCUUAUGUUCAAACUGAGACUUUGUCGAUGCGAUUGUCAAUCCGUCAGCGUGUGA